AUGUCACCUGAGCCUGAAGUAAAAGAGCUAUACCACUAUUCUCCAAACAGAAGUGCAGCCAUUUUCUUCACCGUGGCUUACUCAAUUUCUGCAGCAUUGCAUGAAUUGCAGCAUAGAACGUCUAAACCACAGAAAUUCACAAUCCCAUUGACGCUAGGCGCCAUUUUUUCGGCCAUAGGUUUUCUCCAGCGCUCCCUUCUCGCUUCUGGCAAGGGAGAUGUUCAAUCUCUCUACACACUGUCGACGAUGUUCAUUCUCGGCGCUGGGCCGACGUAUGCUGGUGCAGAUUAUUUCAUCUGUGGACGACUAUUCAGCUUUGUCCCCUCUGCAGCUCCAAUGUCUCCAAUCAGGGUCGUCCGCACGUUUAUCACCUUUGACGUCCUGGCUGAGGUAUGCGUCUGGACCGGUGCUGGCUUACUUGCUGGCGCUCAUACUGACACGGCUGCUCGGUAUAAAAUUGGAUUGAAUUUGAUUCGAGCAGCCAUGAUUACUCAGGCAUUCUUGUUCACAUCGUUCUUGGCCAUUUUAGCAUCAUUUCAUGUCCGGGUCUGUGCACUUCGUGCGGAGUGGUCUGUUACCUCGAAUGGUGGUACGGGUAGAAGGUUUAUGAUGGUUGUGUACUCUCUUUACGCAUCCUCGAUGUUUAUUAUUAUACGAUCCGCCUACCAUAUUGCAGAAACAUUUGUUCCCGAAGGCCACUCGUUUCGUACAAACGAGCAGCCUUUCCUCAUAUGUGAGGCAUUUCUGAUGUUGCUUAACACCACGAUGUUCAAUGCUUUCCACCCUAGCCACAUUCUCCCGAUUGACUCGCAGGUAUACGUAGGCAUUGAUGGACAGGAGAGAGCCAACGAAACAAUCGAGGGCGCUUUCACCGAUUCUCGCCCCUUGCUGCAGAAGAUACUAGAUCCGCUUGAUGUCAAAGGAUUGUUCUCGAGGGAUAAGAAGAGAUGGUAUGAACCUACGGCAGAGCUGGAAAUGGAUAUCAAUUCGACUCAUCAUCUGGUUCAUCAUUAG